AUGGCUACUGCAGGAGCUUUGGACCCAACCAUCAAAUUCAAGGACCUCUCGUUGGAAACCUGGCAACAAACCGACAAAGCGGAUAUCCUUCUCCCGGCCUCCUCUGCGAUUGUUGUGCUCGGUGAUUUGCUCUUGGCUGCUACCGCUUCGGAUUUCAAGUUAGCAAAACCUGAUAAUUCAAGCUUCGAAUACAUCAAGGAUGGCAACAGUUUCCGAGCGACUGUGAUACAAGUCAUCUCUGUCUGCCAGUACGCGCUGAGGGAGAGCUAUAAAGGCAUGGAAACUAUCCGUGUCAGCUGCAGGAGCCUCCUCAACGUAUCGAGUGCCAUCCUUGGUCUUCUCAGAAAGAUCGAUGCUGGCGACUCGGACAAGAAAGUCACCGACGCACUCUCCAAACUGCUCGACAACAUCUCGAAACAAGUCGGGACUGCCGUCCACGCCUCUCACACCAUCGAGACCAGCUUUGAUGGCUUGCUCCAUCUGGCUAUGGAACUGCGCGAGACCCUCGUUGCCGCUCAGGGCCGCGCCACGGACCGGGCCAAGGCGCUGGCCCUUAAGACAGCGGUUUUGAACGCUCGCAAAGCCGGAGCAGAAGAGAACGCAGAGAGAACCGCUGCUCACUUCAAGAAAACCCAGGAUGCGUACAAGAAGAGUCGCGAAAGAUUUGACAGGUAUGAAAAAGAAGUCCCUACCGCCGCGGAAGUCAUAGGCAACAAUAUGCUCCACGCUUGGGUGGAUGCCUUGACCUUGAACGGCGCCCUGUUGAUGACAAUAUACGGCAGAAACCCAAUGGGCCUGGUUGACACGUGGGACAUGGCGAAGAAGACCUUCCAGGAAACGGAUGACAUUGAGCUACCGGAAAUUCGUAAACGGGACGCUCAUCAGAAGAUACCGACUUCUGGCGGUUUGACGCUGGUCGUGAAGCUACACUGCACCGCUCUCGUCAAGAUCGCGACUUCUGGCGCAGACGGCGGCGUGGACUGGGACAUGGUCAACGACUCGCUGCCGACAGUACAGUCGACCAUCACCGUGGAUCUCGACCUUCUUAGCCCAGACGGUGCAGACAACAGCGCCGAGGGACCCAAUACUGGAUUCGGGGCUGGCAAAACUGCCGAUCCCAUUGCAGGGAUGGUGCCGACCACGACCACGACCACCGGCGGCGGGACGAUGUCGGACACGACCAUGACCACUAGCGCCACAGCUGCCCUACAUCCGUCGACGCCUCUAUCUGAGGACGACGCCGAGAAGAAGGAGACAAAACGCCUCGAUGAGAUUAGAAGCAUUCUCCAAGGUGCAAUCAAGGUUUGCCAAACUUUGUCGAGCCUAAAGGUGACCAAGCCGCCGGCAGCGGUGAAGGCGGUGUUCGAAGACAUCCUUGACCUUAAUGAACGGUCCACCGCGCUGGCAAGUGCCGCCGCCCUCGACGCUCGUUCUCGCCUUCCGCCAAACCCCCCUGAAGACACGACUCCGAAGAAGCCGGGCAAAAAGUCGUUCAAACUUGCUGGCACCCUGGGACUGCAGCAGGCUUUGUUCAAGCUCAGGGUCGCGAACGCGCAGCUUGAAGCGGAUAGAGCGAUCUACGUUGAUGCGACGCAGACCAUGUUUGAGGCAAAGGAGAGGCUCGGUAACCUUCUGUCUCAUCUCGCCGGUUUGGACGUCCGAUCUCGCACGGCAGAGGAGAUGCUCAAAAGCAUGGUCAUGCCCAUCACCGUCAUGGGUGAGCUACAAAUCGCGUUCACCAGCAUCCAUACCAUCUUUCAAUCCGUGGACAACCUCGUCAAGGUUACGAUGAAUGGGCCAUUCGAAGCAUUCAGGUCAACGACGAGCACAAAUACUUCCUAUCUCAAUACAUGGUCUAAGAACGUCAUAGUCUCUCAGGUCAGGUAUGCUGCCCAGGUCGCUUGCAUGGUUUAUGACCUCGCAGGGCUAUAUACGACCAUGUUCGAUGCCUCGGUGCAACCUGGGUUAACCAUGGUCCUUGGCAUGCAAAACCUGAUGGGUAUGAACGCAAGCACUGACCAGGCGGCCAUUCAGGAAGCCAAGACUAAGCUCGUUAAAUGGGGGGAAGAAAGCCUGGAGAAGAUGAGCGAGAUCUUAGCGCAGGAACGGGACCGUCUGCUGGCGUCCAUGGACGAGCAGGUUAAGGAGAUUGCCUCCGUACCCCAGGGCUUCACACUCCCGGGAGUGAUUGUUGUCUCCAAAGAGCAGUUGGUUUCCACAGCUCGUGACGAAAUCACGAAGCAUGCAGCGAGGAGUGCCUCGAUCAUGAGCUUAACGUAA